UCUUACACCAGACACUCUGAUAUAAUGAUUUUUUGAACGUUUUUAAUCUAAACUCUCAGAAAUUCCUUCAAAUCUGUUCCCACUCCUGAAUGAAUGCAGUGAUUUUGUUGUUGGACGUGAACAGCUGGCUCCUCUGGCUCAUCCCACAUCACCAUUCAGGGCUUUGAGCUGAGGAUUUUGUGCGAAUAAGGACCCCAACCGGGCCAAACAAUGGCAGCGCUGAAAAGAGAAGGGGUAAGAGACGGGGAGGGUCGUCGAAAUGCAAAUUCACUCUCUCCGUUUCCCCUCAGAGAAACUCCACAGGAACGCACAGAUCGCUGUUUCUCUCCGAACGGGAAGUGGAAGUCGGAGAAUAAUGCAGGAGAAGACAGACACAGGUGCGCUGUAGGAGGAUCCACCUGCAGAAAACGGCCCUCUGAGGACUCGGAGUCAUUAGACAGCUGUAUCCAGAGCACUCUGUCGUCAGUUUACGCUCCGUUCAGGGCGACGGCGUCCACGGUGCUGCUGCAGCUCUUCAGCGUGGUGGAGCGUCAGUACGGCGGAGACGGCCUGCGCUGCCUCAUCGACUUCCUCCUGCCUGCCAAGAAGAUCUUACACACCAUCCAGAGAGAGAGCUGCCUGCGAUUUAAAGGCCUGCUGUUGUAUCACGAGGGCUGGCCGCUGUGCAUCCACGAGAAGGUGGUCGUGCAGCUCGCUCCUUUGCACAAAGUGCGCCUGAGGCAGGGCGACUUCUACCUGCAGCUGGUGCCUCUGGGCCGCAAGGCCGCCAAGCUGGUGAUAAAAUGCCUGGCACGGAGCGGACGCGCGCUGGCCGAGAUCACCGUGCCUGAGGGAAUGUACCCCCGAGUCUUCACCGCCGACUUCCUGCAGGAUGUGACACGCGAACGGAACCUGCAACCCCUCCAGAACUGCCUGCUGAGCGCCGGCGCUGCCGUGUACCGAACCCCCUGGAGGAACGUUGUGAACCCUGUGUGUGUGAGAAACGCCAACGAGGGCAUCAUGCAGCCGGGAGCGCUGAGCAUCGGCCACCUCGGGACCUGCAGCACCCACGGAUCCACGGGGACGUUGGACAGCCGGAGGAGCUCCAGAGACUCGCUGUGCUCUCAGGGCGCCGAUUCCACCGUGUCCGAACCGCUCCUGAGGCGCAGAACCAGCGAAAGCGACACGUACACAAACGCUGCCACGUUGCCCGCAGAGGAAAAAGCCCCGAGCCCCGGCACGGAUGUAGAGGGCGGGAGCAGGAGAGGAGGAAAUACCAAGUGCCUCUCCUUCAGCACGGAUCUCAGCACGCCGAGACGGCGCCAAUCCAGAGACUCGGCUACUUUCGAGACGCGACGACUGUUUCGCAAGUCGUACAUGGAAGCGUUACAGAACCCCAUGAAUCUCGGCUCAAGCUCCGAGUCGGUCCCAGAGGAAGGCAGCGAGCCAGCGGUUGAGGUCGAGACCAGGCCGAGAUGUGACUCGGACACGCACUCGGCGAGGCAGGGAUCCCUGCAGCGCCGCCUCUCGCCCCUCCUCCCGCUGCAGCGCAGCAUCAGGUCCGAGAGGCGCUCCAAGUCUCUGGAACGGUCUGGAAAAGGCGCGGUCAAAGGUCACCGAACGCGCUCGUCCUCGGGCGGAGGAUCUCCCAAGAAGCUGAUGAACGGCUGCGCGAUACGCUUCGGCAGACUCGACCUCGAGGUGGCGUUUUACAGCGCCGAGAGACGCGGCAGCAAAGGAGACUCAGGGCUUCCUGGCUCCCCCUCCAUCUCCGAGUCCAGGAGGAGCAGCAGCGCUGGUGAAGACUCUCCUAAAGUCUCGUCUCGCUGUGCGUCCGUCUCAGCUCCGCCUCCUGUAGCUCCUCCUUCUCCUGUAGCUCCUCCUCCUCUUGCAGCGCCACCCACAGGCUGUUCCACUCCACUGCCCUUAUUACUCACACACCUCAACACCGAGCUGCUCACCUCCGGAGCCGUCUCUCUGCCCGGUAAUCGAGACCGCAGUGGGCGUUCUGUUCUCCAGGUGUGUAUGAGGAACCGAGUGUGGACAGACGAACGCUUCACCUCCAGAGAGCUCACCUGCCUGCUGAGCUACUACUGCUCCACACUCCGGAAGGAGAAGAGGGAUCUGGGUCUGAGCGUGCUGGUGGACUCGCGGAGACAGCAGGCCAGUCCUGUGCUCUUCUCAGCUCUGUCUCAGCUUCAGGCUUCUCUGCCAAACGCACUUUACUCGGUUUUGUUGCUCUCGGACAAAGAGGCAUCCGUCAAGCUCGAGAGAGAUUUCUCCGUUCCAUGUGAAGUGUUAACUUCUCUGAAAGCCCUUCUGAAGCACAUCGACUCGUCUCAGCUCACACGAGACCUGGACGGCACUUUCCACUACGACCAUCACCACUACAUCCAGUUCAGACAGAAAAUGGAGCAGUUCUGCAGCAGCUGCAGCGCCGCCAUCUCGUCUCUGCGGAGGUCGAUAGACGUCCUGAGCAGCAGCAGCAGCCUGGACACUGUGAAGGACGUGUCAGAGACGAUCAGCCAGCAGAGGAACCUGAUGAAGUGUGUGUUGGAGGAUUCGCAGCUGAACCACCUCAGGCUGGAGGGAGGAACGUUUCUCGCACGUGUCAGGAAAGAGGAGACGAGUGAAACCGAGAGCUACAGGGACGCCGUGGACGCAGCGUGCACGCUCUACAACCAGAUGGACGAGGAGGUUCAUAAACUCGUCAUCCUGUCCAACAAAUCCCUCCAUCAGCUGGAGAACCUGCUGGAGCUGCGCACCUUUCAGGAGGAGACCGAGCGGAUGAAGCGCUGGUUCAGUGCGGAGGCAGAGAAGCACUUGGCUCCGCUGGACUCUCUCAGUUUUACGCUCAGCUCCCUGCAGGAAAUGAGGCGGAGCCUGGAGCAGUUCACCGAGGAGGCAGCGCUCCAGCAGAAGCAGGCCGCGGCGAUGACGCAGGACCCCAGACGAGUGUCCAGUUCCACGCUACUGGAGCUCAAGCAGCACAUGAGCUCCGUCCUCCAGCGAGCACACACACGCAGGAGCGAGCUGGACAUCCUGAUCAACCUCUACGAGUUCUACGACUCGGCUCAGGAGUGGAUGACGCACUGCGAGGACUAUUUCAAGCGUCUGAAUUUGGAAGAGAGCAUCAUGAGCUUCUCUCCUGAAGUUCUGCAGACACUGCAGGACUACCACAACGAGGCCACCAAGUUCUCUCUGGAGAACUUCAGCUCUCUGAACGACACGGUGGCCACGCUGGGCAGCCCCCGCCAGCUCCACCACUGGAACCACAUCUGGAUGAAGUGCCAGGAGACCCGGAAACAGCUGGAGGAGUUGUUGGAGAGAGCGGCAGUGCGAGAGGAACCCGUGUCUGACUCUUCUCUAACCUCUGACCUUUCAAAACCCAGGGAAAUACCUGUAAUAUGUGUGGAUUUGCAAUGCGGAGAGAGCAGAAGUUCUCUUCCUGAGAUUAAACACACCUUCGAGUUCGAGGAUGAGAAACCUCACUCGGCAGGACCGUUCUCUAAAAACGACUCUCCUUUCAGAUCUUUUCUUUUCCCUCCCGAGAGAGAAAAACUCACUCCGUCGCCGCUGGACGACACGGACAGCGACUGCACCGUCGACUCGUCGUAUUCCUGUCACUCGGAGCCUGGAGCGAGGCACCGCAGGCCUCCGCUGAAGAAGAUGAUGAAGAAGACGGUGAGCUCUGAUCUCUCGGGACACCACGGCUACCUGGGCGUCUACAUCAAAGGGCUGGAGCUCAGCAACAACACGUGUGUGGAGAAGAAGCUGCAGAGGCCACACGUGAAGAGUCCAGUGCUGGCACGGAGCAGGAGCCUCCCAUCUCCCUCCCUAAGUCAGGGAAGACCGGGGGAUGGUGAGAGCAAGAGACAGAGCAGUAAAAUCCAGCACAUCAUGGACGAGAUGAUCUCCACAGAGAGAGAGUACGUGCGUUCCCUCUCCUACAUCAUGGAGCACUACUUCCCAGAGAUGGAGAGGCCGGACCUGCCGCAGGACCUCCGAGGAAAGCGCAGCAUCAUCUUCGGAAACCUGGAGAAGCUGUGUGACUUCCACAGCCAGUACUUCCUGAAGGAUCUGGAGCAAUGUGCACAUUCCCCGCUUUCAGUCAGCACCUGCUUCCUGAGACACGAGGACCAGUUUGGAAUGUACGCUCUGUACAGUAAGAAUAAACCGCGCUCCGACGCCCUGCUCACCAGCCACGGCAACGCUUUCUUCAAGAAUAAGCAGAUGGAGCUGGAGGACAAGAUGGACCUGGCGUCCUACCUGCUGAAGCCCAUCCAGAGGAUGAGUAAAUACGCCCUGCUGCUGAAGGACCUGAUAAAAGAGUGCAGCCAAUCGCAGGAGCAGGAACUCGCCGACCUCAGGACCGCUGAGGAGAUGGUCAAGUUCCAGCUGCGCCACGGCAACGACCUGCUCGCCAUGGACGCCAUCAGAGGAUGUGAUGUGAAUCUGAAGGAACAGGGCCAGCUGAGGUGUCAGGACGAAUUCAUAGUGUGGUGCGGACGCAGGAAGUACCUCCGGCACGUCUUCCUGUUCGAGGACCUCAUCCUGUUUAGCAAAACCAAAAAGAUCGAAGGGGGAUACGACAUCUACAUCUAUAAACAAUCUUUUAAGACCGCAGAGAUCGGGAUGACGGAGAACGUGGGCGACAGCGGCCUCCGGUUCGAGAUCUGGUUCCGGCGCAGGAAGUCCCAGGACACGUUCAUCCUGCAGGCCAGCUCGGCCGAGAGCAAGGCGGCCUGGACCUCCAUCAUCGGCAAGAUCCUGUGGAGACAAGCGCUCAGAAACAGAGAGCUGCGGAUGCAGGAGAUGGUCUCUAUGGGAAUCGGGAACAAGCCCUUCAUGGACAUCAAACCGAGCGACGCAGCCAUCAGCGACCGAGCUGUAGAUUACAUCAUGAAAGGCACAGAGUCACGCACUCGUUCCUCCAUCUCCGUCUCCUCCUACGAUCACUCCAGCCCGUUCAAGAGACCGCACUCCACCAUCUCCAACAGCAGCUCCUCCUCCUCCAGUAGCCACUCCUCUUCCUCCUUCAUGAGCUCCCUCAACCUGUCGCUCUUUAGCUCCGCCCCCCACCCGCCUCUCGCCCACUGGCACUACGACUGCAUCGAGGAGGACGAGCUGGAGCACGACGCCGCCAUGCAGCCCUCCAUGGUCACAGAGGGUUCCGAGUCGUCGUCUCACAGCACCUCGAGCGACGGCGUGAACAGCGUGAACAGCGUGAGCGCUCUGUCCGUCCCCCAUCACUCGUCCCUCAUCAUGGACUCCUUCAGCAGCGAGUCAUCCUUCCUCUGUUCCUCCUCCGUCUCCUCGUCUCCGUCACACCACUUCCACAAGGAGCACAACGACACUAACAGCUUCAUCACAGCGCUGUGACAUCACUUCUACGCGGCGGUUCCGAUCCACGCGGCAGGACGGGAGCGAGGCGGCGUGCGGCGUCUAAACACUGAACUCUGCUGUAAAUACACACGAUUUCACACUGUUCCUAUUUUUAAACGAAUCGUUACGCAGUACUUAAACCCGUCACACUGCUGGUACGCUGCGGACUCGACAUCCAGCGCAUCGAUGAACUAAAGUUUCCUUUUCAUCUUUAAAAAAAAAAGCACAAUUUGAGGUUUUUUUUGUCUUUUGUUGUUUGUUUGUUUGUUUGUUUGUUUUGUAAGCGUGUUCUGUACAGAAAUGGUUCCUCGUUAACGUCCUUAUUUUUAGAGCCGGCACUACUAAUAAAAUCAUUUCCCAACCUUC